UGCCAUGCAUCCGGAUCUUCAAGGCGGGCAAGCUCCAUUCGCGCACAGCUUGGAUCCGCCGCAGCUGGAGGCCGUGGCCGCGAUCUGCGACACCUUCCUCCCGGCGCUGCCAUUGCGAGCUUUGGAAUGCGAGGAGGAGGCGCAGCGAGCGUUCUUUGCGACAUCGGCGUCCGAUGCGGGGAUUCCAGCGGUGGUCGCGGGUUGGAUCUUCGAGUGCCUCGAUUCCGCGCAGCAGGCCGGGGUCUUGCGAGUCUUGUCGCUACUUUCCUCGCGGAUUGGAACGCUCAUUCUUUGUGGGAGGCACGCAUUCUCUGCCGAAUUUCCAUUUCUUCACCGAUUCGCGCGAUUGCCAGCGAGCAAUCGGGAGCGAACUCUGCGGAGCUGGUCCGGGGGUUCUAUCGCGCAGUUCCAUUCUCUCUACAAGCUCUUCAAGUGCUUCGCUAUGUUCGCGUUCUUCACAAAGGCUGAUGCCAGAGGACGUAAUGACUCUUGGAAGGCGAUUGGGUAUCCCGUCCCCGAUCCUCUCUGGAACGGCCUUAAAGACGAUGACGAUGCGAAGGUGACCGACGACAAUGAAGAGCCGCGGCCUCCACUGCGGGUCUUCGACGUGCACCAAAAUUCGGCGGCCGAGCUCGUUGACUACCUGUCGUCAUCGAAGUUUCGAGUUUCAGAAGAAGUUCGUGAUGGUGGCGAUGGUGGCAGUGGACAAGCGAUGCUAGCUAUAGACUGCGACGUGGUCGUGAUUGGAUCUGGCUGCGGCGGAGGCGUAUGUGCCGGGGUUCUUUCUCAAAAGGGAUACAAGGUGGUCGUGAUCGAGAAAGGCAAGUACUACGUCGGCGACCAGCUUUCCCUGUUGGAAGGACCGUCAAUGCGAGCAAUGUACGAAGGUGGAGGCCUCCUUACUACUGCGGAUGGCGGCAUCAACCUCAUGGCCGGAUCGACAGUGGGUGGAGGCACCGUCAUGAACUGGGCCGCCUCGUUGCGGACUCCGCAGGCUGUCCGAGAGGAGUGGUCAUCAGUGCACGGGCUAAAGCUCUUCACGUCGGAGGAAUACGAGGCCGCAAUGGACAAAGUUUGUGAAAGACUCGGGGUUGAGACUCUAGGCAACGAAGAAGAGCACGAGAGCUUCCAGAACAAAGUGCUGAGAAGCGGCUGCAAGAAGAUUGGACUCGACGUGGAGACCAUUCCCACCAAUUGCAGAGGCCGAAGGCACAAGUGUGGGCUGUGUGGAUUCGGAUGUAAGAGCAGGACUAAGCAGGGGACUCAUGAGACUUGGCUCAUGGACGCUGUGGAUGCCGGUGCCGUGAUCUUGUGUGGUUGCAACGCUGAGAGGAUUCUUCUUGAGCCAGGGGAGCUGCGCUCUGCAAAGCAGUGGAAGGCUGGAGGAGUUAUCGCAACUGGCGGUGGAAAAAGCCUCUUCAUCAGAGCCAAGGCUACAGUGACUUCGUGCGGUGCUUUAAACACGCCUGUUCUGCUACAAAAGAGUGGACUGGUAAAUCGUCAUAUCGGCUCCAAUCUCCACCUCCAUCCGAGUCAACUUCUCUGGGGCUACGUUCCUUCGGGAGAGGGUCUCCCAGCAGGUCGAAUUUCGGACGGGCCGAUCAUGUCUGCGGUCUCUAGAAUCGCUGACGCUGUUCUUGAGGUACCGGCUUUCUACCCAGGCGGCCUCGGCGUCAUGUUCCCUUGGCGAUCGGGACUGAGCUUCAAGGAGCAAAUGCUGCGCUACUCCCGCCUUGCGCACGUAGUCGUCAUCACCAGGGACCAAGGAAGCGGGACUGUCCGUCCGAGCUCGAGCUCGAGCUCCCAGCUCCCGAAGGUCACGUACACGAUAAGUGCGGAGGACGAGAAAACUCUCAAGGCCGGGGCGGAGAAGGCCAUCAGGGUGCUGAUUGCCGCUGGAGCAGUGGAGGUCGGGACCCAGCACCCGGAUGGCGAUAGCUUGGUCGUGGAGGGCUCGGACGAGAAGGCGCUGGAGAAGUUCUUGAGGGUCAUUGACUCCAAGCAGCUGACGCACGCGGCAAUGGCGACCGCGAGCGCUCACCAGAUGGGAUCGUGCCGGAUGGGGAAUGACCCGGCGAGCUCCGCUGUGGAUCCCCGAGGGGAAGCGUGGGAAUCCACGGGAUUGUUUGUGGCGGAUACGAGCGUGUUCCCCACGGCGCUGGGAGUGAACCCGAUGGUUACCGCACAGUCAGUCGCCCUGUGCAUUGCCAAAUCGGUCCAUCGUUUCCUCGAGGAAGAAAGGUUGUAGAAGUUUCUUUGUUUCUUGGCUCAAGCCGACGACUUCGCUUGUUUUAUCGUACGCCACGUGGAUUAGAGCGACUAGGCAAAACGCUGCCCUCGCCAACAAACAGAAAAUGGCGGACAUUCCCAUUGGGAAGACAGCAUUCAGUGUCGUCAUCUUCCAACGAAAGACUAACCUCACCAAGGCCAAAGGUCUUCUUUCUUAGAUCACCAGUUUCAAGGUUUAGAACAAAUGCCAUGCCAUAUCUGCCAGUUCAAUUGAGGAGCCCAAGGGAGCAUUGGCACUGCGACUUUGUGAGUACAUAAAUGAGCUGCUUGCCAUUGUUGAGUCUGCACAUCCCUAAUGCCCUUACUCAUAACUGUUAUUACUAUGGGGAGUGUCUUUA